AUGAAACCCAAGCACAAAUCCAUUUUAGCUCCCAUAGUCAAUUGGCUGAUCUCCGGGGCAUUGAUUUUGAAGGGGAUGUCGUCCACAAAGACCUGGAUUACGUACCUAUAUACAUGGAAGCCGGAUCAUUUGUCUUCAGAGUGUCUAGUUGAUGUCCAGAGGAUUAAGGACAGUAAGGUUGAAUCCAUUGACAUGGCAAAUGAUCUACAUUCUAUUGGUGGGUUGGAUCCUCUGCUUGGUUACUUGAAAAAUUCAAAUGCUGGCAUCCGAGCAAAGGCAACAGAAGUUGUUAGUACAAUUGUGCAGAAUAAUCCCAAGAGUCAGCAACUUGUCAUGGAAUCCAAUGGACUUGAGCCACUGUUGACGAACUUCAAAUCAGAUCCAAGUACAAAUGAACGUACAAAAGCUUUAGGAGCCAUAUCUUCUCUAAUUCGUCAUAACCAGCCUGGAGUUUCCGCAUUUCGCCUAGGAAAUGGCUAUGCUGGAUUGAAGGAUGCUCUUGGUUCCGAUGAUGCCAGACUUCAUAGGAAAGCUCUCAAUCUCAUACAAUACCUGCUGCAUAACAACAAGGCAGACAGGAGUGUUGCUACAGAGCUUGGUCUUCCAAAGCUGAUGAUACACCUCGCGUCCAGUGAUGAUUCCUUAGUGCGUGAAGCUGCGCUAAGUGGCCUCCUUGAGUUGGCACAGGACAAGACAUCUGCUAACUCUCUACCUGACCAAGACAAGCUGAAAGACAUCCUCAAGAGCCAAAUUGAAGGAAUCAGCGCGAUGGAUUCUGACAAUCUCCAUGCCGCUCGCGAGGAGCGGCAGCUGGUGGACUCGCUUUGGAAGGAGUGCUACAAUGAGCCUUCGUCUCUCAGGGAGAAGGGCCUUGUCGUGCUUCCUGGAGAGGAAGCUCCCCAACAGCUGCCACCAGACGUUGCAGGGAAGAUGUUUGAGACACCGCUUCGCGCGUGGGCGGCUGCAAAACCUGCUCAGGAAGACGAUUCUGAUUCUGGCAGCGGAAAGAAGGAUCCGCCAUUGAUGCUUAAGUUUUGA